AUGAGUACUACUGUCGUAGAGAGAGAAGCCUACAACGUGCGCCAACUGGUGGCGGCAUCGCACGAGAACAUCUUGACCAGCAAGAAGCUCAUCAUCGUGUUCGUUUCGAUGUCGGUGGCCUUGAUGAUCUCGUCCAUCGACCUCACGGGCGUGACGAUCGCCGUGCCCUACAUGGCGAAGGACCUGGACGCGUACAGCUCGAUCUCGUGGGUCGGCACGUCCUCGUUGAUCAGCACCACCGUGUUCAUGGUGCUCUUCGGCCGCUUCAGCGACAUCUUUUCACGCAAGUACACGAUGAUCUUCGCCAUGGUGAUGCUUGCGUUCUUCGACCUAGCGUGUGCGUUGGCACAGACUCCGACCCAGCUCUACGUAUUCCGGGCCCUCUGCGGCAUGGGAAACGGCGGCAUCACCACCUUGAGCAUGGUCAUCGUCUCCGAUGUAGUCACCUUGGAGCAGAGGGGCUUUUACCAGGGCAUCUUGGGCGCCUUCUUCGGCAUCGGAAGCGCCAUCGGCCCCUUCAUCGCCUCCGCAUACAUCAACCACUCCUCGUGGAGAAAGUUCUACUUCACGCUAUUUCCCAUCUGCCUGUCGUCCACGCUGAUCUUGAUCAAGUACGUUCCGUACACAAGGCCCCAGCACUCCAUGAAGGAGAAGCUCCUAAACCUAGACUACUUGGGCUUUUUCACAAGCUCGGUAGCCAUAAUCUUCCUCCUAAUCCCUAUCAGUGGGGGCGGCUCAACCUUCCCCUGGACCAGCGCCUUCACUAUCUCCAUGAUUGUCAUCGGAGGCGUCUUCUUCCUGAUAUUUUUGCUCGUCGAGCACAGGGUCUCGAAGCUCCCUCUCAUACCGUUACGCUUGUUCAAUGAGAGUUUCUCAUUGACCUCUAUCCUCCUGCACAACUUUUUCUUUGGCAUCUGCUACUACGGCAUCCAGUACUACUACCCGUACUAUUUUGAGGUGGUGAGAGGAUACACCCCAAUGGAAACUUCCUGUUUUCUCUUAGCGUUCGUUUUGCCACAGACCUUAACUUCGAUCUGCUCAGGGCAGCUCAUUUCCCGCACUAAGCACUACGGCUUUGUAAUAUGGAUCGGUUAUACUCUUUGGAUGAUUGCAAUGGGCCUCUUGAGCUUGUGGGGGUUGAAUACCAAAAAAGGUGUCACCAUCAUCAUCAUGGUAAUCAAUGGGCUUGGAUCCGGUUUUAUUUUUCAGCCUACUUUGAUUGCAGCUCAAGCCCAUUCGCUCAAAAGAGACAGAGCUACAGUCAUUUCAACAAGAAAUGUCUUGCGUACUUUUGGUGGCUCCAUCAGCUUGGCAAUUUCUGCAACGAUUCUUGCCAACACUUUUGCCGAAAAUUUGAACGCAACAGGAAGUAAAUAUUUUUCCAAGACAGAAAUUGAAGUGUUAAAAACGAUGAUAUAUACCAAGCCUGACCUUUCAAAAUAUACCUCUACACAGGCACUUUAUUUGAAGGAAAUUUAUAUGCUGGGAAUCAAAAGAAUAUUCUACGUUUGGAUGGCUUGCAUGGCAUACUGUUUCAUUACAAAUAUGCCAAUCAAAGACAGAGGGUUGCAACCUAUAGACGAAAAAAAAUGAUCUAAUUACC